GAGGAUUUAGUUCAGUGGCUGAUUGGCUUCCGUGCUUUGACGAUGCUCGAAUCUGAUCCCGGAAAAGCUGAGUUUUCGCGACCGACCGCUUGACUGACGAGAGCAACGUGGAUGCCAGCUUACUGUAAAAGUGGAAUGGAAAUUUUCCUUCUCCUCGCCUGUCUCUUUGUUGGGACCGGAGGACACAACGAAACAGCAGUGAAAUGCCAAGGACGGGAAUCUCUCGAUGAGUGUCUGAAACAGCUACCGGAUAUCCUGGAGAAGAAGGAGCUGAAAGGCAUUCCGAGCUCCAAGAAAGAUGUGGAUGCCAUGUGCAGUGCUUUCAAAACUGGGAUGAACUGCAUGAACUCGUAUGCGAGGGAGUGCCUCAACCCUGAUAGCCGUCGCAUCAUGGAGGAUCACGUGGCCGGAGCUAAGCACACUUUCAGUUUCCUCUGUGACGACCCCAGCUUUCAGUCCGAGUAUCUAACGUACACAACAUGCUACCGAGGAAUCACGAAAGACUGGGACUCAUGUGCUGAUCGUUUCCUGGCCCUUGUCGGAGAGGAACUCGCUAGAAAGAACGCAUCACGUCAAUCACGGCUUAUUGAGCUCUGCUGUGCCAAACAUGGAUUCCUGAAAUGCGUCUACGUUUCAGCGCGACUGAAAUGUCGUAAAGAAGAAGCUUUGUUCAUCCAGAAGAUAGCAGAUACCCCUUUCAAGUGUACGUGUUUAUACUCCGCACUGCAGUAAAAUUGACGUUAAAAGUAUAUGUAGUGGCUGCCUGAAAGCAUUCCCGUUCAAAGAGAAUUUAUUCUUCAUGUUAUUUCUCAUAUUCAAGCCGUAUAUCUCGUUAUAAAAUCUAAACGACGAUGUCUCUUGGAAUAAUUGAAAGUGUGUGAGUGUCUUGAAAUAAUUGAGAGUCUCUUGGAAUAAUUGAAAGUGUUUGAGUUUGUGAAUAUUAUUGAGUUAUCAGUUCCCCCGAUGACUGAUAAGCCUACAAUAUAGAUGAGUACAAUGAGGAAAACAUGAAAUGAGUUUUGGAUAAGUACAAUGAGGAAACUUGAUAUAAUUCAUAGAUGGAUAAUAUUCCUUUCUGAGUUUCUUAUUCUACACAACUGAUUCUUCAGUUCUAUCCCUCAAGCACAAAUUUCAUGAACUAUGAUGACAAUUUCAAUACUACUUGGUCAUCUCCAUAUAGGAUAAUUUCAUGAAUUCUAUGAUCAGCCUCUUGAGAAACUGAAAGAUUUUUUCGUGAUACGGCAACAAAAUGUAGUAGAAUGGGCUCACAAGUCAAGCAUAAUAUGGUUUGUAUGUGAUGUAAUAGUUCAAAUGGAUUUAAUGGAAUUAUUUUAAUGAAUUGUGAAUGAUUGGAUGAGUAAUAAUGCUUGUAGAAUGUUUGCAAAUCUCGGAGUCAACUGUUUGCGUUUCACAAGAGUUCAAUACUUCUUGCGUUAAAUAUACAUUCCUGAGUCUCAUAACCAGACUUGAUUAAUCACUAACCCGAACAAUUUGUUGUGUGAAAUAUAUUACUGUUGAAUAAUAUUAUUUUCAAAUGUAUAUUUCUCAAAUAAAUGUCACCUGUAUGAUGUAUAUUUUUGUAUUGAUAUGAGUGAGUUCUCCACGAAUGAUUUUCAAGCUUUUCCACUUAACAAUAAAUUUCUUGCCACAGUUUUCAUUCGAAAUCUUAUUAAAUUUCCAUGAGGCUUUUGAAGAUUCAAUCUUUCUGAUCAAUUCUAAUGAAAUACAUAAUUUCUACAAGUUCAUGAUCAAACUUUCUCUACUACUGGGUAGAGUUCUCUGGGCAAUUUUGAUACUACUGCCAAUUUCUGAGUUUAAUCAAAACACUUUUCUCAAUCUUAUUGUAGAACCAACGAUCAAAGUUACUAUUAUGUCCUAGUUAGCUGACAAUUUUUUAUUCAGCCUAAUUAUUACGUUGAUUAUUUAAAUUGUCUCUCUGUAUUAGUGGAAUGUGUGUAAUGUAUAGAUUAUAGAUUAAAUAUUGUGAUAAUUGGAUAUCUUAGAAUUCGGUAUGAAAUAAGAAUAAAAAUCCUCCAAGUACCCUUUUUAAAAUUGUUCACACAAAAUGUUUCGUCUAUGAUGCCAUUAAACAAUCUUAAAAAGGGUAGUUAGAUUUUAUUUUCAUUUCUAUUCAAGAGUAACCCUAAAAGACAAAAAGAAAAAAGACAUUCCGUAUGAGUAACACUAACUUGCUCAUCAUGAUAUCACUAACUUAUAGCUUGAUCUCGAGCCUACGAAAUCAAAAGUGUUAUUUCUUGUGCGAAACAUCACUAAACAGCAUUCCAUGAUAUUUUCGAUUAUUCUGAAUUAGACCAAACCACUAUUGGUCUUACCAAUAACCACUUGGUCAUAACCACUAUUAUCAAUAUCUACUAUUACUAAGUGAUAGUAGGUGUUGCUAUUACAGACCUCAAUGGUACAAAUACAAGUAUCAAUAUAAUCAACAUCAAAUUCCAUCUGAAUUGAAUUUUACCUUGAGGAGUGCUCUAAAUUGGAAGCUAUUAAAGAUCAAAUUCCAUUCUAGAAAUGGAAAUGAACUAUUUAUUGAAUUCUCGUAUUUCUAUUAGAAAAAAUGAGAGUUAAACUUUGAAAAGUUCAUAUUGACUAUUGUAUAAUAGGUAUAUUAUUUCUAGGGAAGAAUGCAAUUUCAAUUCAAAACCAUUAUUUGACGGGACUAUAGAAUGUCUGAUAAAUAUCAUUGUAUAUUUAUAUCAUAGGAAACCCCUAUGUCUGUUAUAGUUUGUCUGUGUAUAGUUGUUAUUAAAGUUGUGUAUUUGUUUAAA